AGAGGCAGGGAGACGGAGCCAGAGACACCGGCGGCGGCGGCGGCGGCGGCGGACGCGGCAUCGGGACAAAGAGCACCGGGAUCGGGAUCAGCCGAGACCCGGAGCGCCGCCCAUCCCCUCUUCCCGAGAGAGAGAGAGAGGGAGAGAAAGAGAGAGGAGGAAAAAAAGAAAGGAAGGAAGGAAGGAGCCGGCGGGGGGAGGGCUUCCCGUUCGCCUUGCACGUGGGGAAGCGGCCGGGGGGAGACCGAGCCGCGCCCUCCGCUCCGCCAGCCGGCUGGGCUCCCCCCCGCUCUCCGCUCCCCGCUCGCCCCACGUGCCGCGCGGACUCCGGCCGGGAACAAAAGAGGCGCGCCUGGCCGGCCGUCUCGGGGGCUGCGCCGCUGCCGCUGCUGCUCCUCCGCUGGCGGAUGGCGGCUCCCUGCAGCCCGGAGAGCGGCGCGCCGGGGGAUCGGCCCCGCGUCUACUUCCAGAGCCCCCCGGCGGGGGCCGGAGGGGAAGCGGGCCCCGACGACGACGAGGGCCCGGUCCGGCGCCAGGGACGGGUGACGGUGAAAUACGACCGCAAGGAGCUGCGGAAGCGGCUGCACUUGGAGGAGUGGAUCCUGGAACAGCUGACCGUCCUCUACGACUGCCAGGUGGGC